AUCUUGGCCAGCUUCAAACACAAUGAGAACCAUACUGUCUUUUUCCAUGAUUUUUCUUUUUUAUGCCUCUUCACCUUACGUUGCUCAAGUUUCCGAGGCACUAGAUACCAUCACUGUGAAUCAGUCCAUCCAAGACGGUGAGAGCCUAGUUUCGGCUGGUGGGACAUUUCAACUAGAAUUCUUCAGCACCGGCGUCCCGUCAAGGCGAUAUCUUGGGAUAUCGUACAAAAAGGUAACCACAAUGACAGUAGUAUGGGUUGCAAAUAGAGACACACCGCUUGUGGAUUCAUCAGGCACUUUGAAGUUUACUGGCUUGGGAAGUCUUGUCCUUCUGAACGCAAAUGGAAGUGAAAUUUGGUCAUCCAACUCGUCCACAAAUGCACGAAAUCCGGUCGCACAGCUCUUGGAUUCAGGGAAUCUUAUUGUGAAAGAUGUAGGUGGAACUGGUUCUAGUAUUUUAUUGUGGCAGAGUUUCGAUUAUCCAACAGACACGCUUCUAGCGGGCAUGAAGAUGGGACUGAAUCGAACAACGGGCUUCAAACGAUAUUUAACGUCAUGGAAGAGCAUUGAUGAUCCUUCUCCAGGUAACUUUACACAUGAAAUUGACCCAAAUGGCUUCCCACAAAGCCUAGUGAAGCAAGGUUCUGUUGUCAAGUUCCGGCUGGGACCAUGGAAUGGUGUUCGAUAUAGUGGAAUGCCUAAUCAAGAUCCUAACCCAUAUUACAAUUGCGAAUUUGUGUUGGAUGACGAUGAGAUUUACUACCACUUCGAGCUCGUUGACAGUUCGUUCAUUUCCAGGCUGGUAUUAAGUUCAAAUGGCAUCGUACAACGUGUCACUUGGAUUGAUCGAACGCAGGGUUGGACACCUUACCUUACUAUACCGAGGGACAACUGUGACACCUAUGCAUUAUGUGGUGCCUAUGGUAGCUGUAAGAUUGAUGCGUCCCCAGUAUGCAGGUGCUUGACAGGAUUCACACCCAAGUACUCUCAAGAAUGGGAUAUCUUGGAUUGGUCAAAUGGGUGUGUCCGGACAACCCCUCUGGAUUGCGGAAAGGACAAAUUUGUGAAGUAUUCUGGGGUGAAAUUGCCAGAUACGAGUAAUUCUUGGUUUAAUAAGGGUAUGAGUCUUCAAGAAUGCAAAGAAGUUUGCAAGAAAAAUUGUUCCUGCAUGGCUUAUUCGAACUUGGACAUCAGAGGACGAGGGAGCGGUUGCUUGUUGUGGUUUGGAGAGUUAAUUGACAUUAGAGAGCUAAACCAGAACGGGCAAGACCUCUACAUCAGGAUGGCAGCCUCAGAAUCAGAUCUACUACAGUCAAAGCAAAAGAAGCAAAAGCUGUUCAUGGGCUUGGCAGUUUCUUUCGGGGUUUUUUCCCUAUGUCUGGUUCUAACUUUCUGUAUUCUACAGAACAAGAGGAAGAAAAUGAAGCAUCUUAAAGGUAAAGAUGACAGUUUUGAAUCAGUAGACAACUCUGAAUGCCAAAAGGAAGAUCUUGAGUUACCAGUGUUUGACUUGGGUACAGUAGCUAUUGCUACCAACAACUUCUCAGAAGAAAAUAAGUUGGGGGAGGGCGGUUUUGGACCUGUCUACAAGGGGGUGUUGGAGGAUGGCCAAGAAAUCGCCGUGAAGAAACUUUCAAGGGACUCAAGGCAAGGGCUACACGAGUUCAAAAAUGAAGUCCUAUAUAUUGCAAAGCUUCAGCACCGAAACCUCGUAAAGCUUCUGGGAUGCUGCAUUCAGGAAGAAGUUUUGUUGAUUUACGAGUUCAUGCCCAACAACAGCUUAGAUUCCUGUCUCUUUGAUCAAAACCAGAGAAAGCUACUUGACUGGUCAGCCCGCUUUGGCGUCAUUAAUGGAAUUGCUAGGGGGCUUCUUUACCUUCAUCAAGAUUCCAGACUCAGGAUCAUCCACAGAGAUCUAAAAGCUGGCAAUAUAUUGUUAGAUAAUGAGAUGAACCCUAAGAUCUCUGAUUUUGGCACGGCUAAAUGCUUCGUAGGGGAUGAGACAGAGGCAAACACUAUCAGAGUGGUUGGAACUUAGUAA